GUUCGGUUGUGCUGCCGCCGGGGAAGGAGACGCUGCCCUUCCGCAGCGAUGGGAUCCCGGCUCUGUGGAAGGACCUUCUGGUAUGUGUGUCCCUAUCCUGCCAGGACUCGGUCAGUGCCUGGGACUCAGCCAGAAACCAGUUGAAGACAUUUUUCUUGGAAGCUCUUGUCCCUGAGGGCUUUUGCCUGGGGUGCCCAUCUUGCCAUGGCGUUCCGGCGGACGGAGGGCAUGUCCAUGAUCCAGGCUCUGGCCAUGACAGUGGCGGAGAUCCCUGUGUUCCUGUACACGACGUUUGGGCAGUCUGCAUUCUCCCAGCUGCGUUUGACACCAGGCCUACGGAAAGUCCUCUUUGCUACAGCCCUGGGGACUGUGGCCUUGGCCCUGGCUGCCCACCAGCUGAAGAGGCGUCGGCGGAAGAAGAAGCAGGUUGGCCCUGAGGUGGGAGGUGAGCAGCUGGGCACGAUACCACUGCCUAUCCUUAUGGCCCGCAAGGUCCCAUCGGUGAAGAAAGGCUACACCAGCCGGCGGGUACAGAGCCCCAGUAGCAAGAGCAACGACACUCUCAGUGGCAUCUCCUCCAUUGAGCCCAGCAAGCACUCAGGCUCCUCCCACAGCUUGGCCUCGAUGGUGGUGGUGAACUCAUCCAGCCCCACGGCUGCAUGCUCAGGACCAUGGGAAGCCAGAGGGAUGGAGGAGUCUGUGCCUACUACUGAUGGCAGUGCUGAGAGCCUCUAUGUGCAAGGCAUGGAGCUGUUUGAGGAGGCCCUGCAGAAGUGGGAGCAGGCACUGAGUGUGGGCCAGAAGGGUGAUGGCAAUAGUACCCCCACACCAGGGGACAGCCUUCGGAACCCAGAGACUGUGUCAGAUGUACCGUCCGAGCCAGAGUCACAGCGCAGAGAGUUCGCAGAGAAGCUGGAGGCCCUGCUGCACCGGGCCUACCACCUGCAGGAGGAGUUUGGCUCCACCUUUCCCUCAGACAGCAUGCUUCUGGACCUUGAGAGGACCCUCAUGCUGCCCCUGACUGAGGGCUCCCUGCGUCUGCGGGCUGACGAUGAGGACAGCCUGACCUCAGAGGACUCCUUCUUCUCAGCCACUGAGCUCUUUGAGUCCCUGCAGGUUGGGGAUUUCCCCGUCCCACUCUCCAGGCCUGCUGCUGCCUACGAAGAGGCCCUUCAGCUGGUUAAGGAGGGGAAAGUGCUCUGCCGGACCCUCAGGACGGAGCUGCUGGGCUGCUACAGUGACCAGGACUUCCUGGCCAAGCUGCAUUGUGUGCGGCAGGCGUUUGAGGGACUUCUGGAAGACAAGAGCAACCAACUCUUCUUUGGGGAAGUUGGCCGGCAGAUGGUAACAGGCCUGAUGACCAAGGCUGAGAAGAGCCCCAAAGGCUUCCUGGAGAGCUAUGAGGAGAUGCUGAAUUACGCCCUACAGCCUGAGACCUGGGCCACCACCCGGCUGGAGCUGGAGGGCCGUGGGGUAGUGUGCAUGAGUUUCUUUGACAUCGUGCUUGACUUCAUCCUCAUGGAUGCCUUCGAGGACCUGGAGAACCCUCCAUCCUCGGUGCUCGCCGUCCUGCGGAACCGCUGGCUGUCGGACAGCUUCAAAGAGACGGCCCUGGCCACUGCUUGCUGGUCGGUCCUGAAAGCCAAGAGGAGACUCCUUAUGGUGCCCGAUGGCUUCAUCUCCCACUUCUACUCCGUAUCGGAGCACGUUAGCCCUGUUCUGGCCUUUGGUUUCCUUGGACCCAAGCCCCAGCUGGCUGAAGUCUGUGCAUUCUUCAAGCACCAGAUUGUGUACUACCUGAGGGACAUGUUCGACCCGGAUCACGUGCGCUACGCUUCGGUGCCAGCACUGGCAGACGACAUCUUGCAGCUGUCUCGGCGCCGCAGUGAGAUCCUGCUGGGCUACCUGGGGGCACCAACAGCCAGCAGCAUUGGCCUGAAUGGGGCGUUGCCCAGGGAAAAUGGGCCCCUGGCAGAGUUGCAGUAGUGGCAGGCACAGGGAAGGGGAAGGCAGCUGCCUGCACCUUGCGCACAUGAGUGACAGCGGAGAGGAGGCUAACCCCCUUCCUUUGGGUUGGCAUCCUAGGUCCAUGGUGGCCCAGGGCAGUUGCCCCUGAGCUUGUCCCACUCCCUUGUCUGGGAGGGAAAAUGUCCACGGAGAGGGCUGAAACCCUUAGAGGUAGCCCGGCUUGUCCUUAGAGGUCCCUGGGGAAGCAGAGGUCAGGCCAGGGGCCAGCAGGAAAGUAGUGAGAAAGGAAGGUGCGAAGAAUUGGGACAGGAGGAGCUGGGUGCUCUGGGUGUGGGACGCCAGAAUCUCUGACCUCUCCCACCCCUAGGGCUGCAGACAAGGGGGCUAGGAGGGGGGAGGUGAAGGAUGGGAUUAGCUAGGACUCUCUGAUAAAGCUCAUGGGGUCCUGAGCUGGCAGCAGCCUGCAUCGGUUGUCCACCAACUAGUGCAGAAGAUCCCCACCCUACUCACCUCCCUAAAGAGUUUGCAGCUGUAGAGAGUGGGUGUGGGAUACCCUGUGGCUGCAGGCCUGGCUAUCCAGAGGUAGUACAGAGGUGGACCUCCUCUCCCUUUGUUCACAUUUAGGCAGGGUCUGGCCCUUGACAAAUUAAAGCACCAACCCAGGUCCCUGUCCACCACAUUCCUGCACCCUGCCAAAGACUCAUUUCUCCUCCCACCUCUGCCACCACCAAAGAUGUAGGAGGUGGGACUUGGCACCACUACUCCCACCCACCUCCUCCUGUGAGCCCAGAACUCCCUGGGCGGUGCUAGGCUUGGAGCUGGGGACUCUUAACCAAGGGUCACUUGGCCCAUCACCUGUGCUGCCAUCAGUGGCUGCAGGAAUGAGGGUCAUAGGGACCAUGGGAGGGUGGGUCAGAGGAUACACACAGCUGGACCAGCUUCUCCACCCUCGUUAGGACAAGAAAUCACGCCCAGCAGUUUGCCUUCAACUCAACGCACAAACGCUCUGGAGCUGCGAAGGGGCAGGAAGCCUGCCUCAGGGCUGGUGCUGUCCUGCUGGUCCUGCAGACAGUCCUGUUAGCAUUUGUCCCAGCAGCUGCAGGGGUCCUGCCAGCCCUACAGACUCACGUCUCUGCCAGUGUUUUUGCCUGAGCCAGGAAAUUUUAUUUAUUGCCUUAACACUUUAUGUGGAGGUCUGCCCCUUCCAGGUUGCGAGACCUUCAGGAGAAAAGACUCCGCCUGGUUUUCCAGUCUGGAAUUAAGCACUGGCUUCUGGGACCAGGUCCCUCAGAACAGGAAUGGCUCCCAGGGGCAGGAGGGCACAAUGAGGAGAUGCUGGGCCUGAUCUGUCAUCCAUGAGCCUUGUCCAGAGACUGAAGGAGCCAUGGGCGCUAGCAUCACUCUGGCUCCAGACCCCCUGUCUGAGGCCGAUGCUGGGAGGGAGCAGCCCUCUUCCACCCAUCCCAACAUUCCAUUCAUUUGCACACCAAGGCCUGCUCUGAUUUGCCCCUGAAUCACACACAAGUGGGUUUUCAUUUUGUCCUUGUUUACACAUCCACGCACUGCCUCUAGCACGCAAUCUGUUGCAGCUUCCAACUCUGUUGGAGCGUGUGCCUCGGCUGUGAGUCAAAUAAACAAUUGAAACAACCUCAUGCGGUGCUGUGCUGCUGGGCAGAGGGUUGCUGUUUGCUUCUGGGGACCUGCUCUUUGGUGCAGUGGGUAGAGGUUCCAUGACUGCUGAGGGCUGUGAUCCAUCUUGGGGCCAUG